ACCCAUCCAUCGUCCUCUUCCUCCAUCAUUUCUCUUCCAAUUCUUCAUCUCCCCAAAAAAGGAAAACCACUCUGAUCUGAUCUCUCUUCAUCAAUACCAUUAUUAUCCAUAUCCAUUAUAUUCUCACAAAUAUAAUGUUCAACCCACUUAUCUGUUUAAGCUCAAAUCCACUCGAGGAAGACGACGACUAUGACUACUUGCAGGAUUCCCAGUCGUCGAGCCCAAAAAGAUCAAAGAAAGGAAACAGUAAGAGCAAUCCCUACGCCGGCCGCGGCCUCGACAAGUUCUCCGCCCUCCUCGCCAAAAUCGAAUCCCAGAAGCGGAAAAUCUACACCCAAGUCGCCCCCGACGAAAUCUCCAUCGUCCGCUUCGUCUUCUCCUCCGACUCCAAUAACGACGUCGUUAAGCCCAUCGUCGUCAAGCUCAAGGCCGCGAAUAGUAAUAUCAACAACAGAGAAAACCGGACGGCGUCGUUGACGAGAAGCUCCGAUGCAGGAUCACCAGAUGAAGACCGCGGUAACGACAGAGACGCUGGUGGUCGAAUGGCGGCGGCCGCCAAAGAAGGCGGGAAGGAGAAGCUUGCGAAGAGUGUUUCAUGGAAGAAGAUGAAGUGGGAGGAGUUGAGGAAGCCGAGGUUUUAUAUGCCCUUCACUCUGGUGAUGAUUCUUGUCUUCCUCGCAAUUUACGGGAGGGCUUUUGCUAUUCUGUGCACUUCAAUCGGGUGGUACGCGAUCCCUGCGGCCGGAGGCUCGUCGGGAAGUCCGGGAGAGAGGCUGUGGCGGCCAACGACAACCACCUUGAAGACAAGGAAUGAUAACAAUAAGAAGUAUGUGAGAAGAUUCAGUGAGAAGAAUUUGUUAAAGAGAAGCGGGGAUGACGGUUCGCCAUCUCCGAAGAGUGGCGGUUUAAUGGCGGCGGCCGGACAACGCCACCGCCGGAAAAACUCUCUGUGAAAGAACUAACGGUGGUAAUAAGCAUAGAAGGACUCC